AUGUCGCUGAGCUCAGAGGAGGAGGAAGAGGACCCGUUCCUCUCCGACGGGGAGGACGGCAACGAGAACGACCUCCCCAGCGACCUUGAGGACGAUCUCGACGACGAGGACCCCUUCGGCCCCGCGCAGCAGCAGCAGCCGCCGCCGACGCAGUCGCAAAUGCUCUCCUUCGGCCCGCCCUACUACGGCCGGCCCCCGACCCCGCUGCCGCCCUCGCCGUCCCUGACGUCGCUCCUGCGGCCGUCGCGCCCGACCACACCGGACGCCAGCGACGACGAGGGCCUCAACAGCGCCGAGCCGGUGCCGCGCGCCUCGCCCAAGGUGCCCACCUACGAGUACUACGGCUUCGUGCUGUACCUCUUCUCGUCGCUCGUCUUCCUCAUCUACCUGCUGUGGUCCUACCUGCCCUCGCCCUUCCUGCACGUCCUGGGCAUCUACUACUACCCGAACCGCUGGUGGAGCCUGGCCAUCCCCUCGUUCCUGGUCAUGCUGCUCGUCUACAUCUUCGUCGCCCUCGCCCUCUACAACACCGAGUACCUGACGCUGCCGCUCAACAACCUCGAGACGAUCGUCGAUGACGCGGGCAAGAUAGCCGUCGUCGACGGGAAGGGCCGCAUCGUCACCAGCGAGGAAAGGAGGAGGAACCUGGAGCGGGAGCGCGAGAGGGAGGGCCAGCGGGGCAGGGCGCACCAGAGGAAGACGAGCUGGAACGGAUACCCCUUCUCCAGGGACAGGGAGGUCGACUGGCGGGAGUGCUGGAACGAAGGGACGGACGCCGUGAUGGACGUGCCGCUGGCGGGCGUGUGCGAGAUCCUCUACGGCGGUGCCAGAGGCGAGGACGACUACAUUUUCAAUGCAAAUUGA